ACAGGAACUCCCUCACCUCAAGUCAGACGCCUUUCAUCCCUAAUAUCAGAGGACAUGGAUACCUCCCCCAGGCCGCCCUCUGUCGCCCAAAGCCAGCCCCGAUUUUGUGCAGGUGCCACUCACCUCCUUGAAAGUCCUUCUGCCUCCCAGCUGGCUGUGCUCCCAGCCACCUUCCCUCCCUACAGAUGGGCCAACAAAACCAAGAUGGCAGUGUCUGCCCAUCCCAUGUCCCCCAGCCUGACCCCACAUCCAAGAGAUGGCCACAUAGCCCCCAGCUUCCACCCUGUUCUCCCUACCAGCACCUGCCUCAUGGUGUCAAAGGCAGGUUGCCUUCCAGGCACCUGGACCCGGGAUGCUACUGGGCAGCACCUCCAGCCAGGGCCCUCCUCGCCAAGGCUGAGGCUGCAUGCUGGGGUCACCAGAUGGGACGGAGGGAGGCCUUGGGGUCUGGGGUCCCCUGCCCUGCCCAGAUCUUCCAGCUGAUGCCUCCACAUCUUGGGCGUGGGAUCUGAUGGGGUGAUGGGUCAGGGACUUCUCAGUAUUCUACAGCCCAAAUGCUGCCCAGCUCAAGAGGCUCCUAUCACACCAGAAGCAGGUGUUGCACAAGUCCUUCCCGAAGAUCAUGAGACACCUGGGCAAGGAAGGGCUGUGCAUUGAGGGUUCCAUGCUGACGAGGCUCCUCCGGUGUUUCACUGAUGGGAAAUCCUUCCGGCUCACCCUGAGACUGUGGGAUGUGCUCAUCUUGGAGGGCGAGCGGGUACUGACGGCCAUGGCGCAUACAUCAUUCAAAAUACACAGGAAGCGCCUCAUGAAACUUUCCUGGAGCACCAUCUGGAAGUUUCAGGAGCGACUGUCUCAGAGCUGGGCCCUGGAGGACAACACAGUCCUCAGGAAUCUUCAUGCCUCUAUGAAAGAACUCACAAAAAAACACUGGGACCUGCCACCCCCAGCCGAGUUGGGGCAAUGGUCCUCGAGGGUGUCCCCUGGCAUUGGACCCCUCCAUGAUGGGGACAGACUGGCCGUCCCCACCCCACCAGCUCAGCUCCAGGACCUCAUGCCAUCAGUCCCCCUGGGACAAAAGCCUUGUCCUCUGCCAGCCUGGCCUAAUGGGGCUGUCCCCAAGGCCCAGGCUGAGGUCCAUCAGCACAAAGGGGCUUCUCAAGAACCCAGAACAGAAGACUGCUGUCUGAGGAGCCUGGGGUCUGGAGAUAAGGGCAGCCUGUCCCUGGGUGAGGUCAGGCUUUGUAUUACACGGAAACACUUGUCCAGGAAUGCUACGCCACAGCUCCACACAGACCCGCAUGUCGGGGGUCCAUGUUUCCUGUGCUGCCAUUUUGAACACAGCUCCUGGGACUCUGAGGGGGCUUCCCCAGAGCCCAGGGCAGAAGACUGCUGUCCGAUGGGCCCAGAGGCUCGAGAUGAGGGCAGGAUGUCCCCUGGUGAGGUCAGGCUUCGUAUUACACGGAAACAUUUGUCCAGGAACUCUAUGCCACAGCUCCACACAGACCUGCAUGUCGGGGGCCCAGGGGCUUCUCAAGAACCCAGGGCAGCAGGCUGCUCUCUGGGGUGCCCAGAGGUUCAAGAUGAGGGCAGCCUGUCCCCCGGUGAGGUCAGGCUUUCUAUUACACGGAAACACUUGUCCGGGAACUCUACGCCACAGCUCCACACAGACCCGCAUGUCGGGGGUCCGUGUUUCCUGUGCUGCCAUUUUGAACACGGCUCCUGGGAUUCUGUCAGUUAUAUAUCUUCUGUGGACAGCAGCCCUGGAACAACAAGAUGCACCCCGCCCAGCAAGCCCACUGGGACCGCGACACCAGGCCCUGCCUGGGUUUAUGACAGGGAGGAGGCACUUCGAGAGAUACCCCUGCAACAAGGUGUCCCCUGCCUGAGACUCACAUUGGUAGAACAACAACAUGGCAUGGAGGGAGCCCAGGCAGCGCCUGCCCAGCUGCCUCGCAGCCCCUGCCCAGCUGCCUCGCAGCCCCAGAUGGCUGCUGGACCUUGUUUUUUACUGUUACUUUAUUUUUAUUUUAUAUUUUUGUCUUCUGGGCCUUGGGAAAUACUCAGUACGGGACUUGGUCCCAUCACGGCCUCAGGAGGGAAGGCUGAGCAUGGGGUUCCCACAGCCCCAGCCAGCAGCGUGCCCUGGGGCCCCUGACCCCACCUGUGGGUCACAGCCCCUCCCCCAGGGCCCAAGUCCCCGGCCCAGAGGGACCUGGCUUCAACCUGAGUCCUAGGGGGAGAGGGGCACCGCAGGCCCACACAGGGGACUAGGGCACAGCGAGCCCUGGGUGCUGCGAGAGUUCACAUCAGACAACCUGGGCAAGCUGGGCCAGAGAUGCUGAGCCCGCACAGUGAUGCUAUGGGCAGCUGGCAAAAGGGGGUCAACAGCUGUGAACACUGCUGCCUCUUCCCAACUCCAUCACUGCAGUGCAGGCAGUCUGCACCCCAGAGCCUGGCCCAACAGUGCCCCAAGUGCCCAGGUCUGCUGUGCCAACAUGCCACCUGGAGGCUUUGAGGCCCUGCCUGCCACACCACCCCCCUCCUGGAAGCCUCGUCCUGCAGCUCAGCUGCUGCCACAACCACAGCAGGCACCGCUGCCAAGCUCCUUCCAGUCAGGCUUCCCAGAAGGCAGAGGAGCCUCAGCGGCUCAGACUGUGAAGGUGGUUUCAUCCACAUUUCCAUUGUUCCCACCAAAGAGAAUCCCUGCAGAGGAUGCUCUUGAUCAAAGGUGGGCAAAACGGCAUGCCAGGAGAUGAAGUCAGCUUCUUUCCCUGGCCACCAUGUUAGGCGGGGACAAAGUGGCCAUCAGACAGGCAUGGGACAGAAGAGGCUCAGCAUGCUGCAUGUGCCCUGACCAAGGCUGACCAGGCCAACAGCACUGCCAAGCAUCCCAUCUGCUGACGAGGGACUUGGUGUGGAUCCCUGGGCUGGCACUGUUUCCCAGGAGGACCAGCUGACCUCCUCAGCUGUGGAGGGAGCUGAGAUUGGCCUUCACUGCAGGGAGCCCCUACCUGGAUAUAGACUUGCUUGUCCUGCCUGUCACCAUCAUGGCAGCCCACAUGGUAUUGCUUUUGACCAGGUCACUUCAUUCACAGUGAGGGACAUGCAGCAGUGGCCCCUGACCAGAGAACUAACUGUUCGCACUACAUCAGUCCCCACCUGGAAGCAACUGGGCUUAGGAUCGCUCAGUUACGCUGAAGUGAUGGUUUGUUUUACAAGAUAAAUGUUACGCUUUCUACCGGAAUCCAGUAUACGGUGCUGACUCUCCGACACCCAGAAGGUGUAGUUCUCAGAGUGAAGGUGUGAAAGUGGACGAUGUUCAGUAUUGCACCGAAUGUCUCAGUCACAAAGUUUUCCUAUUCCUGUCCUGGAGAAAGGGAGCUUUGCUGGUUGGAAAGUCUUAGGACCCACGCAGAGUGAAGCUUCCCCCAGGGGAAGACAACAAUGGUUCUAUUUAAAAUGAAGAGACGGGACUAAGCCUGGAACCCUGGGGCAUUCUCUGGUGUUCUUGAUGUUUCCACGUAAAGUAAGUCAAAUAGGCUGGGCAUGGUGGCUCAUGCCUGUGAUGCCAGCACUUUGGGAGGCCAAGGUGGGC